GUGAGCGCCCACACACGAGAGCCAGUGAUGGGAGGCAAACUCCGUGCCUGACGCGCGUACGGCUCAACUGGUGAUAUUUUAGUUGGCUCUUUUGUUCCACAUUUUUCUUUCUGUUGUCAGUUAAUAUAUAUAUCCAAUCAUUCAAGCAGAGUUGAAGCAGGGGGUGAACGUAGGCUAUGUCAUUUCUAUUUCACUUUCCAUUUUGGGUCUGAUUUGUGAUUUGGGAAAUUACGCACGGACUCUCCGGGAUUUGCGCAAUGGCAGAGGAGUGAGGCAGCUGUGCCAACAUGCCUGUUAACUGGAAUAUAACUUUUCCACGGCGGUCCUAUGGAAUAUAGUCCGAUUCUACACAGUCUACAUGUUGUGCCAUCAUCCCACGUGAAAAACAAACUCUUCGUAUUCUGCAUAAUGCUGUCCCUUUGGGUGUAUAUGAUAUAUUGCUGUGUUGGCUACUGCUCGACUGUGCCAAACCUGACGUACGGUGCCGUGAACAGACACGAAAACGAUGCAGAAGUUGACAAUCAGGAGUCCUCCUUAGGGGCAUCCAGAGACUUGCUGAAUAACGAAAACGAGUUGGACAGCAGAGGAGACGAGUGGGAUGAAAUUAGAGGCGAGGCGAAGGCGUUGGAUGAUAAUGCCAUGUCAGGUUUCCUCAAUGAGUCGGAAACUAAAAAGUUGCCUCAAGCGAUCAUCAUCGGGGUGAAGAAAGGAGGGACCCGGGCGCUGCUGGAGUUUCUGCGCCUGCAUCCAGACAUCAGAGCGGUGGGAGCUGAGCCGCACUUCUUCGACCGCAACUACGACAAGGGUCUGGACUGGUACAGGGAGUUAAUGCCAAAGUCAUCAGAGGGCCAGUUGACCAUGGAGAAGACCCCCAGCUACUAUGUCACCAAGGAGGUCCCCGCUCGAAUAUACACCAUGUCGAAAGACACAAAGCUGAUUGUAGUGGUCCGGGAUCCUGUCACACGAGCCAUCUCAGACUACACCCAGACACGCUCCAAGAAGCCGGACAUCCCCUCUUUUGAGAGCCUGACUUUUAAGAACAUGUCAGCGGGUCUGAUUGACACCACAUGGAGCGCUGUUCAAAUUGGCAUGUAUGCCAAGCACCUUGAGCGUUGGCUCCAGUACUUCCCCAUGGAGCAGCUGCUGUUUGUUAGCGGAGAGCGUCUCAUUACCGACCCUGCAGGUGAGAUGGCUCGAGUCCAGGAUUUUCUUGGACUCAGGAGGGUGGUAACAGAGAAGCAUUUCCACUUUAACCCAGCAAAAGGCUUCCCCUGCCUUAAGAGACCUGAGGGAAACAGCAAGCCCCACUGUUUGGGCAAAACCAAAGGCAGGACCCACCCUAAUAUCAACCUGGAAGUGGUGCAGAGGCUAAGGGACUUUUAUAAACCCUUUAAUAGCAAGUUUUACCACAUGAUUGGUCAUGACUUUGGCUGGGACUAAGAGGGAAAUGAUGACAGAGUCAUGCUGGUCCCUUGUCUGUGUUUUUAUAAUUUUAUCAUUCUGAAGAUAUUGUUAUACAGUGUCUGUACAGUAUUUGGUGGUGUAUAAAAAGCUCAGAAGUCUAUUUUAUGAUAAUUUAUUAUGAUAUUAACUCACUUAGCUGCCUAACAAGGUUUAUCCAUGGUUUUAAUGUUCACAUCAUAAAUAAAAGUUUUUCUAAAAGCA